AAUCGUUACCUAUCCAUUUUCUUCAGAGAUGCACACGGUAUUGGGGGUUCAGUAUUGAUGUGGAUAGAGAACUGGCUGGCAGACAGGAAGCAUAGAAUAGGAGUAAACAGGUCCUUUUCACAAUGGCAGGCAUUGACUAGUGGGGUACCGCUAGGCUCAGUGCUGGGACCCCAGCUAUUUACGAUAUAAAUUAAUGAUUUGGACGAGGGAAUUGAAUGCAACAUCCCCAAGUUUGCGGAUGACACGAAGCUGGGGGGGCAGUGUUAGCUGUGAAGAGGAUGCUAGGAGGCUGCAAGGUGACUUGGAUAGGCUGGGUGAGUGGGCAAAUGCAUGGCAGAUGCAGUAUAAUGUGGAUAAAUGUGAAGUUAUCCACUUUGGUAGCAAAAACAGGAAAGUAGACUAUUAUCUGAAUGGUGGCCGAUUAGUAAAGGGGGAGAUGCAACGAGACCUGGGUGUCAUGGUACACCAGUCAUUGAAAGUAGGCAUGCAGGUGCAGCAGGCAGUGAAGAAGGCAAAUGGUAUGUUAGCAUUCAUAGCAAAAGGAUUUGAGUAUAGGAGCGGGGAGGUUCUACUGCAGUUGUACAGGGUCUUGGUGAGACCACACCUGGAGUAUUGCGUACAGUUUUGGUCUCCUAAUCUGAGGAAAGACAUUCUUGCCAUAGAGGGAGUACAGAGAAGGUUCACCAGACUGAUUCCUGGGAUGUCAGGACUUUCAUAUGAAGAAAGACUGGAUAAACUCGGUUUGCACUCGCUAGAAUUUAGAAGAUUGAGGGGGGAUCUUAUAGAAACGUACAAAAUUCUUAAGAGUUUGGACAGGCUAGAUGCAGGAAGAUUGUUUCCGAUGUUGGGGAAGUCCAGAACAAGGGGUCACAGUUUAAGGAUAAGGGGGAAAUCUUUUAGGACCGAGAUGAGGAAAACAUUUUUCACACAGACGGUGGUGAAUCUCUGGAAUUCUCUGCCACAGAACGUAGUUGAGGCCAGUUCGUUGGCUAUAUUUAAGAGGGAGUUAGAUGUGGCCCUUGUGGCUAAAGGGAUCAGGGGGUAUGGAGAGAAGGCAGGUAAUCAUAACUUCGCAACCAACGCAAACUCAACCUCUUGGAUCCCGGCACCAGUCUCUUGGAUCGAGACCAACUCCAAACUCCGGCUGGAGUUCUGAAGAAGGGUCUCAACCCGAAACCUUACCCAUUCCUCCUCUCCUCUCCUGUCCUGUCCCGCAGUUACUCCAGCAUUUGUGUGCGUCUAUCUUCCUGCUGGGACGGAUAGGAAACAAAAAGAGCAAUGGAGCCCAAACAUCCGCCACUACGAAGGCAAACACAUCCCGGGGGCAACCGGGAAGAGGGAACAACUCCUUGCAGUAGCAGGAGGAGGAGGUGGUGGUGACGGCUUGGAUUUUGGUUUUUACUGGGAUGGGACGGCUUG